AGUCGGCUCUUCGGAUUCACCACAAAGCUGGAGCAUACGGUGAGCACGACCCAUCACUACCAAACAGCGCAUGCGCUGAAGAUCGGGCGCACAACGGCUAGCCGAAGUAGCACAAACGGCAGCAACAACGAUGGCAGACGAGAAGCCAAAGGAAGGAGUAAAGACUGAGAACAAUGAGCACAUCAACCUGAAGGUGGCAGGGCAGGAUGGCUCGGUUGUGCAGUUCAAGAUUAAAAGGCACACUCCUCUCAGCAAGCUGAUGAAAGCUUACUGUGAACGGCAGGGUCUGUCAAUGAGACAAAUAAGAUUUCGAUUUGAUGGUCAGCCUAUUAAUGAAACAGACACACCUUCACAGCUAGAAAUGGAAGAUGAAGAUACAAUUGACGUGUUCCAACAACAAACUGGAGGAUCGGCUCUUUAAAGACUGUUUCCUGUGAACAUCCCUACCUCCCUUUUUGUCCCUGAACACCUUUGUUAUACCCAGUCUUCAUAUGCUCAUCACCAGUGUUUAUAUCAUGGGAAACUUGUACAAAAUGCUGAAAGGCAGCAGGGAGAGUUGACAUACACCUGCAUCGCACUGACACUUAAUAUGUUAGCAUCUCUGAAACUGUGCAGUGUGGCGAUAUCAAAAGCUUUGCAAGUUUUUUCCCCUUUUUCUUUUAUUUUUUUUUCUUCUUCCCAAGACCUGAAAGUUUUUUUUUUAUACAUACAACAGGGGUUUUGAUUUGGAUAGAAUAUUGUUGUUGAGUAAGCCCGUGUUUUAAAUUUGCUGACAUCUGUUGUUUUGAAGUGUAUUAUUGAAAUAAAUUGACUUUUUUAAUAAAA